AUGAAGACUAAAUUUCUGAACAGAAUUUUAAUUUUAUUGUCUGCUACUUGUUUAUAAUAUUUGCUAGCCUCAAAUUAUUGUAUCUAAAAAUGUUUAGUAGAUUCUUGUUAAAGCUAUAAAGUUUAAAAGGAUUGUCUCCAUAAAAUUUUAUAAGAGUUAAACGAAGUUAAGAAUAAUUGCUCUCCAAAAUAUGCUGAAAGCUGUCUUUAAAAAUAUUGUACAAGCGAUGAGUGUAGAGAUAUGAUUGAUUGCUCUGAAGAUUGUGACUAUGAUUUUCUUUAAGUCUUAGAUUUUAAAUUCAAUUUAAAAUCUACUCACAAAAAUAUUAAAAAUAAUCACCAUUUAAUAAAGCAUUAUGAAGAAUAAGGAAUAUAAACAAAUGUAGAUGACACAUUUAUUGAUGAUACAAUCAAUAAAGUUAGAGGUCAUCAUGGACACAAUAGACGCCAUGGCUUAUCUGGCUAAGUACUAUCUGCAAUUUUACCAAUAAUUUUAAUUAUUUUAUAUACUCUUACCAUAUGA